UACCAAUUAACAAUAGGCUUUAACGACAUCUAAUACCAUCAUGAGAAUCCAAACUAAAGCUGCUGGUGUUUUGGAAAGAACCUCUCAUUACCUCAAGGCGGGCCUGUUGCGCGAGAAGCCCGUAUGGUUCAACGUGGUGGGGUCCCAUCCACCAAACUCUGACUUUACUAAAAAGCCUAAACUUUUACAAAACAACUUACAAUCCAAAGACCCUCAAGAGAGUUUGUACACUGCCUCUGCCAACCUUGAGACUGGCCACUACAAGACCCGUGUCAACAAGCAAGACAGACAACACGUACACAAGACCGUCACAAAGAUCCCAAAGUUGGAAUUUCUUGAAGAUCAAUUGAGAGACGUUUUCUACCAUCAACAUCCAUGGGAAUUCUCGAGACCAAAGGUCUUGGUGGAAGGGAACGAGGCCAACGAGUACCAAAAGUGCGACUGGUCUCACAUGUUGCAAUUGGAAAAGCCAUUGGAUGGUGAAAGUGUUGUGCAAAGAACCUUGUGGUUGUUGAAACGUGACAAGAGCACCACCACCUUAUUCGAAGCAUAUGACAAGGCUCGCUUUGAGUUCUACCGUUUGAGAAUGGAGGAAGAAAUGAGCAGCACUGUUGCCAGAGAAGAGGCACAAAUGUUGGGUACUAUCUUCCCAACCACCAAUUUGUCCUGGGGGGUUGAACAAGAACAGAAGUUUGCCGAUGUUUGGGCCAAGGCCGCUGCUGAGCAAACCCAAAUCUUUGAAGCCAAGAGCAGUAGUGGUGGUAGAGCUAAUGGAUCCAUGGGAGGUGAAAAUGUUGCUGAAGAGAGUAAGAGUGUUUGGGAAGCCCAAGAGGAGAAGAAAUAGAUAUAACUGUACA